UUCAGUAUUAAUUUGAGAUGUGGUAAAUUUACCAGAGCUUUCCUAGUAUUAGUAGCUGCACAUGCAAAAAAUAUUUAAAAUCGAUGUUCAGAAAGUUAAAAUGAAUAAGAGAUUAUCAAUUUUCAGCUGUUGACAAUGCUAGUAUCCUACUGUCAAUAGCUACUGGAAUUCUCACUAUCCCAUGACAAUAGUAUUUCACUUCAUUGUUGAAAGUUUUAACUUGAAACUGGAAACUUUCAACCUUAUAAUUGUAUACUUCUGAUUUAACUUUUGGUUCAAGUCUGCUCAUGGAACUAUUAGGUAGAUGUUAUAUAAGUACUACCUGAAAGUUUCGAACGCGGAACUCCUGCUCCAAUAUCAUGAAGGGACUGAUGGCGCAGUUGUGGCUGCUGUUGGCUGUAACAUCAACAAAUGGACAAGCAGGAAAGCUGGAGUUCUUUAAUAGUUCUCUACCCGCCCCUGGUCGUCACUACAAAUUUCUCUUUCUCCUGCCCACUCCUAUACGCAGUCAUACGUUAACGGUGGCACCUCUGGCGGUCGCUUUAGCAAACAGGGGUCAUGAGGUGUACAUGCUGUGUGAGACGCCUGACAUCUACGAGCUGCCUAACGUCACGUGCAUCUAUCAUGACGUCGUUCUUGAUAGACCAGAUUUCAAUUCUAUUGGAAGUUUGAGCUCUGCUAUGGGUCACAUGAUGAAUAUAACUGCAGCUAUCGGAGAUAAUGUGAAUAGAAUCUUCUCAUCCCCUCAAAUAAAGUCACUGUAUCAAAAAAGGAAAGAAUUCGACUUCAUUGUUGCAGAAGACAUGGCUUGGUUUGCCAUGUACCCCAUCCUCCAUGAAAUGCCCUUUGCAAUCUUUACGACGACCGUCUUCAACCCCUGCCAGAGCGCCCACUUCGGCAACCCACAGAACCCUGCUUACGUCACUGGUGGAGUCUUCCAUUUUCCUCAACCUUUUUCUAUCCUUGAUCGUUUCACAAAUCUUUUCUCAACGGUCAUCGCGUGUUCAGUAUAUCGGUGGAUGACGUAUAGUAUUCGGAAAGAGGUCAACAAGCACUUCUCGGAGCUGCCUCCCGUGUCUGAGUUCGAGCGCAACGCCAGUCUUCAUUUCGUGACGGUGAACCACGCCUUGGACGGCCCUUUGCCGCUGCUUCCUAACCAGGUGGCGGUGGGGGGUCUCGUGCUGCGCCCUCUACAACCUUUGCCAGAAGACAUUCGCGACUUCCUAGCAGGCGAGGAUCCAGUUAUUUACGUGGGUUUUGGAAUAACAACAAUUAAAAACGACUCAAUUUCUGCUGACAAAGAAGAAUUGUUAAUUGCCGCGCUGUCCAAACUCCCUUACAAAGUUAUUCUCAAACUUGCUGGACAAAAUCCCCAGAAGAUUGGCAACAUUCUCUUCCAUAACGAUGUGCCUCAACAAACAAUUCUAGCUCAUCGGAAUGUCAAAGUGUUCGUAAGCCAUGGGGGCUUAGCUGGUACUCAAGAAGCGAUAUACUACGGAGUACCUAUUAUCGCGAUACCAGCUAUGUGGGACCAUUCAAAGAUAGCAUCGUACCUCGAGCAAGCUGGUGUGGCCAUUGCACUUUCGUGGCCUACGUUAACGGAGGCAGAUCUACUCCACUCCAUUGAAAAAGUAAUGCAAAAUCCAAGCUAUCGCAAGAAAAUGGCGGACAUGUCUCUGAUAUACAGAGACCAGCCCGACACGCCUCUGGACAGAGCUGUCUUUUGGUCAGAGUACAUGGCUCGCCAUAAGGGGGCACCCCACCUUCAGUCCCCGGCCAGACGUCUCUCUUGGAUUACUCUCCUGCACGUUGAUCUCAUGGCCAUCACUUUGUUGCUUAUAUGCUCUACAUUUUGGGUAGUGAAAUAUAUCGUAAUAGCGCCCACGCGCAAUUAUAGAGCCAGCUUGAGCAUCGUUAAGAAAAAGACAUCUUGAUGACCAUAAAUGUAUCCAUAAACAGUGGAUUAAUGGUGAAUGCCCAAGAGACAUUCAUUCAUUAAAUCACACGAUUUUCUAAUUUUUCCUACCCGUACUCAACCGUUUAUCUGUAUAACGUUGCCCCUGCUUUUCUCAAAAAGAAAAAAAUCUGUUUUCAGCAUAUUCGCGUAUUUUCUGUGUUUGAUUGACUUAUCUCUGCCAACUAUUGAAGUUACCCAGCGAAAUAUUCACUAAUUCCUGAUGGACAACGUUAAUAGUAUUCAUUUUUUUAUGAUUAAUUCCGCCAUUGUAGGCUCCUGACGUAGCAGCUCUAAAAAAUUAGUAGAUCGUCUUUGUGAAUGUUCGAGAGUAUUCGCGAAGAGUUUCUUAUAUUUCAAGAAUUUUAUGUUAAAAGUGGUGUGAGUUGGAGUUGUAAGGAAAGCUGUGGGAAAAGGACUGAUGGUUCAAGUUUAGUGUUGCUAAACAAUAACAUAACAUAGCGAUACCGGCGCUGAAGAGUAGGCCUGAUGUG